AUGAACUUCAAGAGCACUACGGUGUUCCACACUGUCAAUAAACAGCACUAUCACAUAGGUGUCCCUCUUGUCCAGGUGGGGGAUGACAGUGUGGAACACUCGUCCCUUUCCUUCCUGUCCACCUCUCCAUCACCGCCCACCUGCCGCCCAUUCCCUUUGUCUCACGGAACCACUACCCUGGCCUUUGUGUUCCAAGGAGGUGUUAUAGCAGCGGCAGACACACGUGCCAGCUGCUCAGGGCUUGUCUCCUGUCCCUCUGUCCAGAAGAUACUGCCCAUCCACUCCCAUUUACUGGUCACCACUUCAGGCAGGAGAAUCCUGGCUAGAGAGAUCCGCCUUUACCAGCUACGCCACGGCUGCCGCUUGUCAAUCACUAGCUCUGCCAAGCUCCUCUCUCAUAUAUUGGAACCAUUUAAGGGGACUGAUGUGUGUGUGGCAGCCAUUAUAUCUGGCUCGGAUGUAGAGGAGGUUAGGGUCAUCUCUCCAGCAAAAGUACCCCUUGGAAUGUCUGCAAGUGAUUCUUGUAGUCAGGAUGACUUGACUGGCAGGGCCAGUGACAGAACAAGACAUGCAGUAACUGACGGGAACCUGACAAUAUCCCUUGCCAGUGAUCGUUGUGGCCCAAAGCUCUUCUAUGUGUGCAGUGACGGCACCCGUCUGCAGGGAAAGUUUUUCUCAGUGGGCUCAGGUUCGCCCUAUGCCUAUGCAGUACUGGAUGGAGGGGUUCGGUGGAGCCUGAGUGAGGAGGAGGCAAUCUCAUUGGCCAGAGAAAUUGUGUACAGGGCCACACACAGGGAUGCAUAUUCAGGGAACUGUGUGGACCUCUUUCACAUCACUGCCCAAGGAUAUAGCCACAGAGACAGGGAGGAUUUGAGAGAGGAGUACCACGGAGAGAAGGGAGAGGGUGCUGAAGAUGGUCACCAGGCCCCCACCUCUUUCAACAACUAUUCUACUCUAGGUUUUCACACGUCUGAAAACAGGGAAAGCUCCGGUUCUUCCCAGCUCAAAGAUGUGCUUACUGCACCCUGUGUUGCUUGGCGACUUGCUCUCAAAGUUGUAGCAGCUCAGGCGUUGGUGGUGGCACUUCAGGGAGUCUUGGGUCAUCUGUUCUAA